UCAUUACGUUAGCCGCAUUAUCGUUCUAGAGCCGGUAAAGUGAACACAUAAUAGUUAACCAACUAAGUUGUUUAGUGAAAUAUUCCGGAAUGGAUGAACCAUACAAAGUGCUUUACAGUGCUGAAUUGGGACGAUACGGUGUUGCUGCGAGAGAUUUGAAGGCAGGUGAAGUGGUUUUAGAGGACAGACCGUUCGCGGUUGGACCGAAAGUGGACAGUUCGCCAUUAUGUUUGGAGUGUUGCCGUCCAGUCGAUGGGGGAAGAGGCGGCCCAAAGUGUCCCGAAUGUGGUUGGCCAAUGUGUGAGGAGUGUGCCGCUGAUAAGCAAACUAUUGUGUAUCAUAAGAAGGAAUGUUCUCUUUUUGCAAAGCACAAGGCUAAGUUUCAAGCUGUCGAAGAUUCCACUGCGAGCUGUAUGCAGCUGGAUUGCAUAACACCACUGAGAAUGCUUUUGGCCAAGGAAGAGCAUCCGGAGCGAUGGGAUGCGGAAAUAAGUGUGAUGGAAUAUCAUAAUGAAUCUCGAAAUGGCAGCGCCACUUGGCAACAAGACCAGCAAAACGUCGUAGGAUACCUACGUUUUCCUUGUGGGCUGAAAGACCGAUUUUCGGAGGAAGUGAUACAACAAGUGAUCGGUAUUUUAGAUGUGAACGCAUUUGAAGUGCGAACGUCCAAAGGUUAUUCUGCCCGUGGUCUGUAUCCUAAGCUAGGUGUUAUGGCACAUUCGUGUGUUUGCAAUGUCGUACAUUCGAUACACCCUUCCAAUGAUUUUAGACUCAUUGCUAGGGUAGCCAUCGAUGUCCCAGAAGGCGAAAAACUGUAUACUAUCUAUACUCACUCUCUGACCGGAACCAGCACUCGUCAGGGUAUUUUGACAUCUAGCAAAUUCUUUACUUGUCAUUGUACACGCUGCUUGGAUCCAACAGAGCUGGGUACUCAUUUCAGUUCACUGAAAUGUCAGAAAUGUGAUAACGGACUGAUUGUGUCAUCCGAUCCUCUAGAUGACGGAGCGGAAUGGAAAUGUACAGACUGCGAGUAUAAAGCGAAAGGAACUGCCGUACAGAAAGUUGUCCAGUUAAUGCAAGCUGAGGUAGAUUCGUUAACCAGCAUGGCACAUGGGCCGGGAAAAUUGACUGCCUACGAAAAAAUAUUCAAAAAAUAUCGUUCCGUUCUGCAUCCGUCGCAUUACAUCAACAUAUCCAUCCGACAUAGCCUGAUUGAGUUGUAUGGAAGAGUACCAGGAUAUGAAAUGCAGGAACUUCCUGAUAUUUUACUAGAGCGUAAAAUUGAACUAUGUCGUGAUAUCCAACGGGUUCUGGACAUCUUGGAGCCUGGGAAGACCCGAUCGCGAGCAAUGAUCUUGUACGAACUUCAUGGUCCGAUUGUUAUGUUGGCUCAGUCAAUGUACCAGCAGGGUGUUUUGGAUGGAGCUCCGUUGAAGGAAAGGCUGGAGGAAGCCGCUAAUAUGCUGGACGAAUGUGCAAGCAUUUUAGAGUGGGAAGAUUCAACAUCACCAGAAGGUAUCCUUGCAAAUGUUGCUAAACAAUCUGCAGAACAACUGAAAGAUAGUAUUAAAAUAUUAUCGUGAGAAAGUUUUAUGGCGCAGAUUAAGCUGGAAAGUAUAGUAAAGCAACACAAAACUUUUCAUAAUUUUAUAUUAUGUAACCGAAAAUCAGUGUAAACUUCAUAUAUAUUGGAUUGUAUGUGAUAUUGUUGUUGCAAUAAAUUGUUGGCUUUUUUUUAGAUC